UUAUUUGAGCACUUUCCGCCAGAGCGUAUGCUAAUAUGCUGUUCGCAGUUUACUGCUGCGACUGCAGGACAUUAUUAGAAGAAUUAAGUUUUGUGUUUUAUGGUGUUUUGUGACUGAAAAUUUUACUGAUUCUGUGUUUUAAGACUUGCCUUUGUUCGUUUGUGUGUUGUCUUUGUGCGUACGCGUGAGAAAGAGUUUUAUAACGUCGCAGAGCGAUUGCUUGAAGAGGCAGUCCUCGGUGUGGUGUAACGCUACAGGCCUCAUGAGUCCCUAAAGCAGCCGUGGACGUACUGCAUAAUGCUGCAGUAUUGCGGAGUGGACGAUGCACCACCUCCAGUUGCAAUGUUGCAACAUGAGGCGCCACCGUGUGGAUGUCGCCUCCCAUUCCACCCUGGCGCGAUGGAAGCUGCCUGCGCCGACGCCACCGUCUACAUGGCUUCUUCGGCUGUCUCUUCGCAUUGCGACUGCAGGUCCCUCGAGCAGGCGAUGAGCGGCGUCGUCCGGCCGACGUCCGGAGAGGCGAUGGCGGACGCGCUCCAGCUGAUGACGCGCGCGCUGGAGCGCAUGCAGGAGGCCAUGUCGCUACAGGACAAGCGCAUGGAGGAGGCGCGCAAGCAGCAGCAGCAAAAGUCCGACAAGGCCAAGUACCUGCAGCAGAAGAAGUUCGAGGAGGCGCUGCGGCUGCAGGAGCAGAAGGCGAACGAGCGCGAGGAGGAGUUCGCGGCGCAGCAGCGGCGCCGCCUGGAGGAGUUCCUCAGCGAGCAGGAGCACCGCGCCAACGAGCGCCUGGAGGAGGCCGUGUCGCUGCAGCAGCAGCUGCGCGAGGCCAUGCGCCUGCACGAGCAGCGCACCUGCGAGCGCGAGGAGGCCCUGCGCGCGCUGCAGGAGCGUUCCGAGGCCGUCAUGCGCGCCGUCGAGGACAAGGUGGAGCAGAUGCACGAGCGCAUGCGCAAGUAUUCAUGCGCGCCGUUGAAGAGAAGGUGGACCAAGACGGUGGAGCGCAUGCGGAAGUCGUUGAAGGAAGAAAGAUACAGAUUACAAAGAACAACAUUAAGGCAACAACCUCGAGCCUUGUUAUUUUCAGCUUUACAUUGUCAAUUGUUCGCCCAAAGAAAUCGGAGAAAUUCUACCCUGCUAUUAGUGAGAAGUGUACAAAAUGAUUUCAAGGAAAUAUAG